CUUUCUCUGAUCACUUCAAACCUGACUAUUGGUACCACUAUGUCUGUCGCGCAUUUCGUCUCCAGGUUUUCACUGUUGGUAGGCCUGCUGCUAGGUGCGGACUGUAAACUGAUAUUCAAUCAGCAUAGUUUCCGAGCUCAGUGUUAUUGCCCCAGGAGAGAAGAACCGACUCUUGCAAUCACAUGUGGCAACCCCCCGUCUCCCUUCAUGCAGUUCAUGGAGGGCCUUCUCAUGGAAGAAUGUACCUUGCAGGAUCCCACUCAGUGCUACCAACCUGAUAUGGAGACAGAGUCUGUUGAUUUCGUGGUGGUGGGGGCAGGAUCGGCAGGAUGUGUAGUGGCAUCCAGGCUCAGUGAGGUUCACCACUGGACAGUCACUCUGUUGGAGGCUGGAGGACCUGCUCCCGUGGGCACUCAACUUCCAGCUAUGUACUUCAACUACCAAGGCUCUCCCAUCGACUGGAACUACCCUCUUGAGAAACAGCCCUACUCUUGUCUCAGUCAACCCGGUAGCUUCUGCUCAUAUCCAAGAGGCAAGGUAAUGGGAGGGCCUUCGGUACUGCAUGGGAACAUGUACAUGAGAGGCAACAUCAGAGACUACACAGCCUUAACAGACAUGGGCGAAGUAGCUAGUGCCGACUCUGAGCAAGGUAAUGGGAGGGACUUCGGUACUGCAUGGGAACAUGUACAUGAGAGGCAACAUCAGAGACUACACAGCCUUAACAGACAUGGGCGAAGCAAGGUAAUGGGAGGGACUUCGGUACUGCAUGGGAACAUGUACAUGAGAGGCAACAUCAGAGACUACACAGCCUUAACAGACAUGGGCAUCAACGGCUGGGGCUGGGACGAGGUAUUGCCAUACUUUAAAAAAUCAGAAGAUAAUCUCGAUGUCGACACAAUAAGAGAGUUCGCUGGCUCAGAGAAAUACCAUUCAAAAGGAGGAUACUUAACCGUAUCUCGAUAUCCCCACUAUCCAGUAUUAGUAGAAACUCUGAUGUCAGCUACCGAGGAGAUGGGGUACCAGACUAUGGGGAACCCCAAUGGGGAGAACCAGACGGGGUUCACUCUUGCUCAGAUGACUGUGCGGGAUGGAGAGAGACUGACGACCUCCAAAGCCUUCCUCUACAGACAAGACGUGUUAGGGCGGAAAAAUCUCAACAUCGUCAUCAAUGCCCGUGUAAUGAAAAUCUUGUUUGAUGAGCAAAAACGUGCUGUUGGAGUUGUAUACAAAAAACAAGGAGUUGUGAAAACAUUGUUGGCCAAAAAAGAGGUUAUUCUAUGUGCCGGAGCCAUCGCUUCCCCACAAUUACUGCUGUUGUCAGGGGUUGGUCCAAAAAAGCAUCUGAGGGAAAAAGAUAUUCCACUAGUAGCAGACUCUCCAGGAGUUGGCAGGAAUCUCCACAAUCACAUAUCUGUCAGUGUACCAUUGUUAUUCAAGACACUGAAGAAAUACGAGAGCCUCAACAUGAGAUCCCUACUAGACUUCGUGACGAAACGUGAGGGUCCGUUAACAUCUACUGGUGUAUCUCAGGUAACUGGAUUUGCACGUGUGAAUGACUCCAGUAGUAGAGAGGAUUAUCCAGACACACAGUUCUUCUUUGAAGGUCUGAUAACUAACUGCUCAAGUGACCUUAUGGGAGAUACUGGUGGAGGACAAAUCAUCAGAAUGAUCCCAACACUACUAAGGCCAAAAAGUAGAGGUUUUAUUGAGCUCGCAUCCAAGGAUCCAUUUGCAAAUCCAAGGAUAGUAUCCAACUACUUGACCGACAUAGAUGAUCUGGAAUUGCUACUAAAAGGCAUAAGAUUUGUUCAGAGAUUGUUGAACACCAAAGCACUGAGAAAAGAGGGCGUGGAGCUACUAUACGGUUAUGUGAACAACACAGCACAACCUUGUCAAGCUCUUCCUGUAGACUCGGACAACUACUGGCGUUGUGUCAUCCGUCACGUUACCAACCCUGAGAACCAUCAAGUAGCCACCUGCAGCAUGGGCGCAGAUAAUAACGAAAUGGCAGUGGUGACUGAAAAGCUUGAGGUUAGAAAGGUACAAAACCUACGAGUCAUUGAUGCUUCCAUCUUCCCUUCUGUGCUGUCUGGGAACAUCAAUGCACCUGUGAUCAUGGCAGCAGAGAAGGGUGCCGACAUGAUCAAGGGAAACACUGGCUUGGAAGUACAGGUCCAUAGUUGGUUCUGCAUGACGCUUGGGCUACUCGGGCUUCUAACAAUCGCAUUGCUUUAGUUGCUGACAGUAUAGAAUCUCAUUUCACCUCAAGGGAAGAUUUCUACAACCUGUUUAGUAACUUACCAAGAGUGCCCUUUACGCAAUAUCCACCUUAUUUAGAAUUAGGUUAUUAAUAAAUAACUGUUAGUGUAUAUGUUCAGUUUUUGUUGUUGGACAUGGAAUCAGUGUUAUUGAUGUAGUGUGAUUAUCGCAGCUAAAAAAGAAAGCUAACUGAAUAAAAUAUCAUCUACUAGUAUAAAAUAAAUUUUAGAAUAAUUUUCAUCAUUAUGAAUACAGAUUUUGGUCUCAGUGCUUUUCAAAAGAAAAGCUAACAGUGCUCUAUUAUUAGGUAGAAUUACAUUACUUCUGUAUGUAACAACUUAAUUACAAUGAAAUAUAACAAUAAAUCAUAUGUUACUUGUAAAUACAUUUGAGUAAUUAAUUAAUUAACUAAUCAAGUAGUAGUUAAAAAUUAACAUUUUAUUGAAUUUCAAUUAAAGUUGUGUUUUUCAGUUUGAUAUCAAACACUAGUUUAAAAGUUUUCUUCGCAGUACUAUGAUGUAAUUACUCUACUGAAAGACUUAUAAAUGUGCUGUGUAAAAAAUUAUUAUAAUUUGUUGUUUUCAAAAUAUGUCCAAUAUUAUAUUGUAUUAUAUUAUUUAUCAUUGUACAUUGUACAUACAUUUUACUUAUUAUAAUAAAGUUUAGUAGAUAGUACCUUAAAAAUGUACUUCAUUCAAAUCGAAUUCAAACCCUUAAAUUAACAAACAAGCACAUGUAUUCGUGGGAAACUUAGUCUGCAACAUUUUUGUUUACGGCGAGCGAUCAGAUAACCUUUAAUAAACAACUUUCCUGCAUUAUUUUGGGUUAUGAAAGGCACUCAGGUUGAAAAAGCACUCAUUAGGGGCUAGAACGUGAAGUCGAACUUCUUCUAUUGUAUUUGAGUCAAUGGUAUAUCUGUACGAUUGUUCAAAUGCUUUUAAAAUGAUACUUUGAACUCACUAAAAAUAUUGAUUAACUUGUUUUUGAUCAGGUAGUUUUCCCCUCUUUUGCAAAAUUAGCAAAGAUAAUCUAAACUUUUUAAUAGGGACACACGUGUUAUACAAAGACCUAUAGUUCAACAUCAGUACUGUUGUUUUGUAUAAAAUGUAACUAAAAUUCUUGAUAGACUUGUGAGUUUUUUUACCUAUUUGGCAUUAUCUGUUAAAUAAAA